AUGCAAUGUUGCUGCUGGGCUCUAACGAUAGUGAUUGGCCUUUUGCACCUGCAGAUCAUUUCGGGGCUCCAGAACUUCGCCAGGUCCAAUGUUGCGUCUGUCAUCACGGCUACGGAUAAGCAUGUCCCUAAAACAAAUUUCCUUCUUUUGAUGAAGCCUUUUCAGAUCACCGAAGACUUCUUGACAGGUUGGUGCUGUAUGGCCUGGUUGAGCUCAAGGUUAACGGAGAUGGCAAUUGUCAGGGUUCUGGUGGCGACACCGAUGAUCGUCAAGAGGUUCUUGGACUGGACGGUGGCGUGGUUGCCGAUGUAUUCGCCUCACUCCUCCUCUACCUCUGGCACCCCAACACAUGGGGUGCGGGGCAUUUGUACAUGGCUUCAUCCGCCCGCUAGUGGCAAGACACGAGGACGACAUCGACCCAGGCCAGCUGGAACCGAGGGCUAGGGAGAGGGACGUGAUGGCGUCCCAAGUCACGAUGGUGGCUGCCUUCGGUCAGGUGUGUUCUGUUGAGGCUGCCCGAUGUGUAAUAGUAGUAGAGCUUACUUAGGUAGUUGCUUACCAAGUUGCUAUGCACAACACUGUGUGAUUUGAAUUAUACAUGAGUUGUCGUUACAAUGAGGAACCGUG